ACGAUCGGGGAAAGAAUUUCCGAAGACAGAGAGUGGCGUAUGGUGCAACAUUAAGAGGAGGUGAAGAAAGCUGAACUGGAAGUUUCGUCAGAAACUGAAGAAACAGAUUUGUUGUGCUUUGGAAACUAGCUUUCCGCUGAAGAGAUGUACGAUCGCCUCCGCUGCGCAUUUGUGGUAGCUGGUCCAGAAUGGUGACUGACGAGAAAUGGUGUCCUGUCGUCCAGGAGAACGACGAAGGUGAUCUGCUUGCAUCCAGACAUCGCUGAAGGUGUUCUCCAGGACGUUGUAAUCACGUCCGUCGAUUGAUCAACAACUUCACGAUGAGUAGCUUUCAAGGUUCCAGUCAACCGUACGAGCAGAAGCUUGAGAAACUUCAGCGCUAUCUACCCUUCCUGCGGAAGAUGAUAACGAAGUUGGAACGUACGCACGACCCAGCGAGGGCUGCGCAGUUGCAGAAGAUGAAGCAUUUGCUCGGAAUUUUGACCGACAGCUCCCGGAAGCUGAAGUACGAACUGUUGGUGAAGUGCGAGGAAGUAUUACAAAAGCUGCAUGACAAGAUAGAAGGGGAAUCAGACGACGACGUCAUGGAAGUACCUCGGCCACCAGAACCACCAAGACACCUGUUGUAUCCGGAAUCCGAAUGGGAACGUCCAUCUCCACCGCGGGACACGCAAAACUCAACACCGAGCUCAUCCGGCAUGAGGCCGGUAGACGACAUUCCGACACAUAGUCCGCCGCUUAGCUCCUUUGUGGAGCGGAUUAGUAUGUCAUCGCCGACGAACUUCAAUGACAUGGAUCAGCCACGAAGCCCAAGUCCGGAAGUUGUUGCACAGAUACCCGGGGCGUUCGCGGGUGGUGAUCGCGAGGACAAGAAGUUCGAAAGGGGUCGGGAAAUUCUCAGAAAACUAAUGGUUGGCAUGUCUAAAACCUUAGACGAAACUGGGGUUGAAAGUCCUUCGGAGAUGGAUUCACAGUCAAAAGGACCGAAGAUCAUUCCCUUAGAACGCACCAGCAGUGAAACUCCUGACACUGAACCUCCUGCUGAUGAUGAGGAAGAUUGCGUGGCGGGAUCCAAUUCGAGCAACCGGCCUGCAGUCUCACACAGUGCUGUGGUGUCGGAUGCGUCCGACCACGGGGAUGCUUACAACCCCGAAGACGAGUGGGGUGAGCUGAGGAAGAAACCAGCCUUUAUGCCUUCGUUCAUGGUAAAACCCCCUCUGUCCAAAGAAGACUUAGAGGAGUUGAACAGGGAUCUCGGCACAGGAACAUCUUCGGAAAAGGUCAGGUCGCAAGAAGCGGAACGCCAAGCGCCUGAAAGUCACAGGACAUUUAGUGAGCGGCGUUGGGAAGCAGGAGGCAAGGCGGACGGAGAUCGACGUGAAAAAACAGGUGGAAGUAGAAGUGAAGAGCGCGGGCAUUCUACAACCAAAAACAGGGUUGUUAAAAAAGGUGAAACCCUGGCCGAGGCUCAACGUCGUCAGUUUGAAGACUGGAAAAGGGCUGAAAUCGAGAAAUGUCGAGAACGAAGAAAGAAACAGAAAGCCGAAAUGAAGCAUUCUAGCCAUAGUAGAACUCAUCACGACCCCGCCAAAUCAUCUAGCCAUGCCCAUAAAAGGCAUCAGUCUGGGGAUCAUGCAUCGUCUCACAGACUUGAAGUCAGUUCGAAAUCCAAGUCCCCUUCCAAGUCAGGUGCAGGUGUGAAAAAUGUCAGUGGUAAGGAUAUGGACAGGUCGAAAACGUCUUCAGUGAUAGAUGCCGCUGGAGAAGGUACGUCGAAGGCCGGUCUGUCGAAGGAUCCGAGAAUGAAAUCUACCAUGUCGAAAGAGUCAGCAAAGAAGAUAGAUCCAACAUUGGAGAAAGUCAGUGAGCAGCUGAAGAAGUACUCCGUGCAAGAUCUUAUGAAGACUGUUCAGCAGACCAUGAGCCCUGUGGCUAAGAAGGAUGUGCCCGUGAAUGAUCUUGAUGCGACUUACAGAUGUUUGCUCAUCCGUAACCUUCCACCUAAGACCCUGCGGCAGGACAUUUUUCGUUUCUUUCAGGGCUUCGGCAUGGUUGAAUUGGUCUUAGAAGUAGAUUUUUCAUUCGCGUGUACAGGAAUAGCAUAUGCGCAGUUAGUAGAUCACGCGGAAGCGAAGCGCGCCAAACAAGAGCUUGCUGAAAAAACAGUGCAUGGUAAAGGUGUCAAGAUUGCUCCAUGUGCGGAUGCCAUCUUCAAAGAAGCAAAGCGGACAUACGAGCAGGAUAUGAACGCCCGUGAAGACCAAUACGCGAAGCGUCAAAACAUUCAGUCUCAGCCUGCGCCUGUCAGUCCCACAAUCCAGUACCCGCGACAGCCUCAACCCCCCAUGGGUUAUCAGCAGCAGCAGUACCCGAGUCAUGUGCACGGUGUCCGAAGCCUGCGUCCACCUCACGUGGCCGGGAUGGGAUUCGGUCCAAGGCCGCCAGCCCCGGGUCUGCUUGGGUAUAGCCCACAACACGCGUCUCAGCUUGGACUUCUGCACCAUCACCCCAGGUUUCCACAGCAUGGCGGGGGCCCAAGGAAUCAAGCCCCGGCAAGACCACCGCCCGGGAAGCAUAAUUUUUACAACCCAUACGACGCCCAGCCAGGCCAGGCAGCGAAACACCUGCCGAGCAAAGAUGAUCCUAGACGUGCUGCCAAGAUGACGCUUGAAGAACAGAAAAAGCAAAAACUAGAAAAGGAGUUGGAAAUCUUGAGGAGACAUAAAGAGGAAAGAGAUAAACGCAAACAAUUGGAAAAACCGGCUCGAAACAACAUGCCUCUCAUUCUUCAGAAACCGGUGUCCAAACCCGCCACAGUGCCCCAAUCGUCCCACAAAGCGGCUUCUCUGGGAAGCUUCAAGAUUCCCAAGCUUAAGCGCCCAGAUUCUGUUGAAGAAUCAGUAGCAGCGAAGGAGGACCCUGAGCCCCUGGACAAGACUGAGUCAGGGAUGGAUGAGAAGCAGCCAAUGACGUGCCACCAGGAAGAUACUGUAUCUUCUACGGUAGACACGGAUGACUUACUUGGCAAGAAAAAAAGGAAGCGGACUCGCCUGGUUGUGAUGUCCGACAGCGAUUCUGAGUCGGAGGCGGGGAAAUCGACGGUUUCAAAAGCUAGCGGUGUUCAUGUUCAGACUGAGCAGGAACGGCCCGAAAGAAGCGACGGUGAUGUCGCGGAGGAAACUGAACAAGUGGAGGCCCCCAAAGAACGGAGGUCAUCACGAAGGCUGGGUAAGGCUGCAGAGCGCACCAAGGGGAAAGAAGAGGUGCGCGAAAACAUGCCAGCGGUACAAGACCAAAACUUGUCAGAAGAGGAGUCCGAAGAAGAACGGUGUCAAGUUGGGAGGUCAGAAGCUUCGGAUAAAGCGGAUGACGUUACCAAUGUUCUUGCUAAGAAACCAGUGCUGUUGUUGACCAGAGCGAGGACAAACGCGGAAAGAGCUGCCAUGGCCAACAAAUCAGAAGUGAAAGUGGAUGAAACUACUGGGUCGGACACAUUGGGUAAUAAUCUGGCUGAAACUUCCACAACAGAUGUGACUGAUGUCUUGUCCCCGGAUGUUGAGGCACCUGUGGCCAGCACGGAUUCUAACGUCAAGAGUAGCAUGCCUGUUCCAGAGGAAGUAGUAAAAAAGAACGAAAAGGAACCGCGGAUAGAACCAGACGAGUGUGAGUACUGUCCAUACAGUGGGAAGAAGGUCAUUCGCCAUUACGUAGUUUCCCACCCUGGAAAACCCAUAUCGGUCAGGCUGAACAAAGAGGCAUUGGAGACGACUUUGGGGGAAGAACUUGGUCCAAGUGAUGAUUCCGCGAGAGCUCCACUGAGCCAGGAACUAGAAAAUAAGCUCAUGAAUGACGAUCUCAGCUGGAUACCACCGUCCCUCAUGUUCGAUGACAGCGUCGCUUGUCUGUACUGCAAAUUUACCGCUCUGAACAAGCGCCACAUGCUGCAGCACAUCGCUGACCAUCUUCAGACGGGGACCUCUGCUCCCGAGCAGUAUUCGAUCAAAUGCAGAUUUUGCAAGGUCAAGAGCGUGAGCACUCACGAAAUGUUUGAUCAUAUCAGCUCGCACACGGGCGAAUAUAGAUACUCGUGCCGGUACUGUGGGUACCGAGUGUUCCGCAUGUAUUUCCUCAAGGUUCAUAUGGCCAACGUGCACAAAGGGUGUCAGAUGGACAACAUAGCGAUUGAAGAAGUGGAUAUCGGAAACGGAUGGGUCUAUGGGUAUGCCUGCAAACUCUGUGGUUUUGUUCAGCUCCAUGAGCGAAAUGUCAAGAAGCACAUGAAUGACUGCCACGCAGGAAGUUUGGCAUACGCCAAAGUCAACAUGUCAACAAAGGGGCCUCCCAUUGACAUCAGCAAAAAAGUAAGCGAUGCUUUAAAGCGAAGGAAAGCUGAGGAUGAGAAGAGGGCGGCUGCCCAGCCGCCCCCGAUUCAGGACAUGGACGUGUUUGUGGUGGGGGAAGAGUGGUUAAACGAGGAAUCGAAUUUGAAGCAGUCGCGCAAGGCGGACAUGGACGCUCUACUGGCGCGACAUGUCGACAGGCUCGCUCUGGCAGCCCGUCAGGAUUGCAGCAAAUUCAUGGCCAAACUGGAGAAUCCAGAAGAAACGCCGAUGGAAUAUCUCGAGAUCAUGCGAAAGCAACGUCUUCUAGAGCGCGCGAAAUCCGAGGACCAAGUCUCACAGGAGGUGGAAAAGGAAGAGGAGGAGAAAAAGAACGACAUUGAAUCGGAUGCUGAGGGUUCAGAGUUUCAGGAGGAAGGCGAAGAGAGCCCUAUUGAGGUGCCCCCUCUCGCUCUAACGCUGCAAGAGCUGAAGUCGGCCGAACCUAGCGACACGUCCGAGUUUGGCUACCAGGUCACUUUGAAGCUGGCGAGAGCGCUGAGGCUGCAAUCCAUGGGCUCGAAAAGCGAGCCUGGCGCGGCCGCAGCGAACAUCUCGGCCAUUGCUGUGAAGCAGGAGCCGCUGGACGUGUUUAGCGCCGAGUCCGACGCGAGGGCCACGGAGGGCCUCAAUUCGAUGACCGACGAUUUGGAAUCGCUGAUGAACGACUUCGACCAGUUUGAGCAGGAGCAGCAAAGCCGACCGAAGCUGCGGAUUCGAAAGCUCAGUGGCGACAUGCUGUCUUCGGAUGACACGGGCGCCGGGACUGGACUGAUGAUAUCGAGUGUGAUGAGCCUGACCGGCGGGUCGGAGGCCGACCCGGGACUCUCAGCUGGCGCAGGUGGGAGCGCGGGGAAGGCGGCUGAGCUGUUCUCGUUCCCGCCCGGGGGCGAGCGGCGGCCGUGGAAGUACUUCCUCACCCUCAAGGACCAGUCGAAGGUGAUGCGGCUCAUGUUCCACAUGCACCACAAGUCGGCGUACAAGUGCAACGCCGUCCACUGCAGCCUCACCACCAACAACGGCACGCUCUUCAAGCUGCACCUGCGCAACCACGAGAAGUGCGACGUAUGCGCCCCGAACGAGGCCGCCUAUACGUGCAUGAACACGCGGCUGGUGUGCGUCUACUGCGGCUACAAGGGCGACGACCUGGCCGAGCACGUGUACAAGCGGCACGCCGUCUCCCAGUUCCAAUGCGGCUACUGCUUCUACCGCACCCGGCAGAACGCGUACAUGCACGAGCACCAGCGUCGCUGGCACGGUGACAUGCCCACCUACUUCUUGCAAUCGGACCCGGCCAACCCGCCGCCCGGCCUCAACGCCUCGCACCUGGUGGAGACGGAGAUGGUGGGGGAGUCCAGUCUCACGCCGUACAUCUGCGCGCAGGAGGGCUGCGACAGGGCGUUCAUCAAGGCGGCCGUGCUGGAGAACCACUACCGCGAGGCGCACCCGAGCGUCGUCUCUUUCCCGUGCCACAUCUGCGGCUGCAAGGUGGCCACCUUCGGCGCUCUGAUCGGGCAUUACGUCGGCCAUGGCUACGUGGCCUAUCACUGCGCGUACUGCAGCUACGCACACCAGGAGCAGAACGUCGUCAAGAAGCAUCUCAUCGACUUUCACCCAGAUGAUCCACCCAAAUGCUACGCCAGGAUCCCCAAG